UUCAGACAUGACAUAAGAAAACCAUAUCAGCAGCAUCCGGUAUCUCUGUCUAAUAUUAUCCUGCGCUUGUUCUGCCUUGCUUGACCACCAUGACAACCAGCAAAGAAGCUGAAACUGAAGCUCCCGUGGUUGAGCAGCCCCCUGCUACAGAAGAGCUCAAGGUGGAGGAGAAGCCUUUGAAAGAAAAGAAGCCAAGGACUCCUAGAGAAAAGAAGCCUAGAGAACCUAAACCAAAAGCUGUUGCUCAUCCUCCUUAUUUUCAGAUGAUCAAGGAGGCUAUAUUGGCUUUGAAUGAGAAAAGUGGGUCCAGUCCAUAUGCAAUCGCCAAGUACAUGGAAGAGAAGCACAAAGCAGUACUCCCAGCAAAUUUCAAGAAAAUUCUAGGUCUCCAAUUGAAGAACUCUGCAGCCAGAGGAAAGUUAAUCAAGAUCAGGGCAUCUUACAAGCUGUCAGAGGCAGGAAAGAAGGAGAAGAGCACUACAGGGAAAGUCUCCAAGGGAAGUAGUGCAGUGAAGAAGACUAAAGAGGUUAAACCUAGUAUGAGAAAGACCAGGUCUGUGAAUAAAGCUGAUGCUGGUGCAAAGAAAGUUGUUGGGGCGAAGAAGGCUAAGAAAUCAGCUGCUGCUAAACCUAAACAGCCCAAGUCUAUCAAAUCUCCUGCUGCCAAAAGGGCAAAGAAAGUUACUGCCACUGCUUAGAUGUAGAAAUUUUGUACUAGCAGAACGGCAGUAGUUAGUUUCUGAUGUUCUUCGUUGGGUUUAUGUGAAUAUGGGAUGAACCAUGUUGUCUAGUUUAUGUUGGGGUGUCUGUCUUGUGAAACGCUUUUUGGGGCACACAAGUGUUCCAUGCUUUGUAUAAUCUUGCAAGUUCAGAGGUUAAUGGGACUCAGUUUUGCGUUCUUGCUUUUUCUGAA